AUGGACAGCUGGAGGAGGGGCAGGGGGCCAGACGUGGAGGCCGUCCCUCCCUCCAGAUCCAGCCUGAUGGGGAUUCUGCUGCUGGUGGUGAAGCUCUCAGUGUUGCUGGUCCAGAACCGGGUCCACCUCUACAAUGUUCUGCUCCUUAAGAUCAUCCUCUUCAACCACUGGCUGUCAGGGCUGCUCCAGCAGGCCCAGGGGUCCUGCAGCCAGCAGGCCCACCCACUGCCCGGGCUCACAGCCUGCCCCGUGGGCUCGGUCCUACGGGCUGGGCUGGCACUGAUGGAGGUCCCUGUGUGUCUGGUUCUGAGGGUGCCCAGGUUAGUGUGGGCGGGCAUGCUGGGCUGUGCCCGGGCCCUGGGCCUGGACCCAAAGCAGCCAAGUGCCUGGGAGCAGCUGGGUCUAUCUGCGGCCACCUGGAUGGACCUACUUCUGUCGUGUCUGCACAGCCUGAUGUUGGCAGCCUUGCUGCUGCUGCUGCUCACCUGCAGGCUGCUGUGGAAGGCCCACCGCUGCAGCCUGGGCUGGCUGCCCAGCAAGGUUCUGUUGGAGAACCAGGUGGUGCUGGGGCUACUGGCCUCGAUGAAGCGUCUGUACUGGUGGGUGGAGAGCACGCUGGUGGUUACCUCCUGGCACCUGGCCUAUCUCGUCACUUGGACCACCUGCCUUGCUUCCCACCUGCUGCAGGCUGCCUUCGAGCACACAGCCCAGUUGGCCCUUGCCCAGGCCCCGGAGGCUGAGCCCCAGGAAGCUGAGUCUCUAUUUGAGUCCCCAUUCAUUGGGUCUCUGGUUCUCAAGGCUGGGCCAGUCCUGCCAGAGCAUGAAACCCUUAGAGAAUAA